AUGUCGCCCCUGCCGAAGGACAUCUCCCCCGAGUCCCUCGUGGUCGGGACGACCCAGCUGUUCGAGAAUGAUCGCAUCCGCUUCGUGCCCAUGCCGACCCCGAGCCCCAAGGAUCCUCUGAACCUGCCCCCCUGGCGCAAGUGGGCAGCCGUCGCUGCGCUGUCGCUCUUCGGGGCGCUGGCGCUGGCCGCGGAGAACGUGAUCGGAGCCAUGAUCCCCGUGUUCGUCCUCGAGUAUGCGGGUAUCGACCCCAAGGUCCUCGGCCAGCCACAGCACGGGGGCGGCGGGUCAGGCGAGGGCCCGCUGAUGUCGGGUAUGGAUGGGCCGCCCCUAUGGAAGGUGUCGCUGCUGGCAUCAUUACCGCUGCUGGUUAACGGUAUUGCGUCGUACUUCCUGGUUCCGCUCACCAUCGCCGUUGGGAGACGUCCUGUGCUACUGGCCACUGGCGCCAUUGCUUGGAUCGGAGGGUUAUGGGCGGGUUACUCGACUUCUCUGAACAGCCAUCUCGCAGCGAGGGCCUUCCAGGGCCUCGGCGCCGGUGCGGUUGAAGCUCUGGUACCGCUUAUAAUCCAGGAUUUCAUGUUCAUCCACCAGAGGAACCGGGCGAUCUCGCUCGUUGGCACGAUACAAGGACUGUUUGUACUAUGCUUUGGUUUUACUUUCAGCCCUUAUAUAGUUCUCCGUAUUGACUGGAGGUAUCUAUACUAUAUCACUGCCGGGGCUGGUAUUCUACUGUGGCUCCUUCUAAUCGCGUUCGUCCCUGAGACGCGCUGGAUCCGAUCUGAUGAUGAGCUCGCCGGCAAACAGGUAUAUGCCCUCGGGCCGGGCGAGGCCCGUCCCAGGCUUGAUGAACUUCACUACGGACGGCGCGACAUGAUCAGCAAUUUUGGGGUGUUUAAUGUCCGUUCCGAGUGGGGUUUGGCAGCUCGUUCGAUCUGGGAAACCGUGAAGACAACCUUCUUCCCAAAUGUAGUAUGGGUGAUUCUGAUCAACUCCUUGUUCUCCGCCAUCCAGAACGCCAUGUCCCAGGUGCUCGCAUCUGUCCAGAUCGCCUCCGGGUGGUCAUUCGAGACAACUGGCCUUAUCUUCCUACCCUUUGUCGUUGCCAGCCCUUUUGUGUGGUUGUUUGGAGGAUUCCUGGCCGACAAGAUAUCAAACUGGCAUGCCAGGCGGAACGGCGGGCAAAGAGAGCCUGAGGCGCACCUGCUAAGUCUGAUCAUACCAUUGUCAGCCGGCAUUGUGGGGCCCAUCGUUGUGGGCUAUGCCGGUGAGAACAUUGGCAAGGUGCCGACUAUUGUGAUACUGGUCGGGGUCUUUCUUAUUUUGUUUGGGUAUCUGACGACAAGCACGGUCGUCUCGGUCUAUCUGGUGGAGAGCUAUCCGCGGUUUGCAGGGCCUGUUCUUGUGAAUGUGUCCUCCCUCCGUCUUGUGGUAGGGUUCGCCCUAUCCUUUGACAUGACAACAUGGGUUGAACAACUCGGUUUCAUGACGAACUUUGCCAUAUAUGGCGGUAUUAUGGCUGCGUUUGCUCUGGGAGGGCCGGUCAUGUACAUUUACGGGAAGAGAAUCCGUGCUUGGACCGCUGGUCGGCUGGAAAGCCCUUACAAUCAGAUGCAACUUGAUGCGGAAAAGGCAAGGGGCAAUGAGGCUCAGGUUGUUGCUACUGGUGUCCCAGAUACCAAGGCAUCAGCGGACUCGUAG